UAUAUAGCAGUUUGGCUGAUGGGCAGACAUUUAGUGGAAUGCAUGCUUAACUUUAUUUUUUAAACUUUUCAUAAAAAUCCAAGAGGACGUCAUUUGAAAGAGAAUGAGCAUGAACCAUUUUUAAAUACAUAAUCCAAAAAAAAAAUUUGUUCAAUGAAAUUUAAGUUCUCAGACAUCAAACAAAAUAUUUUGCUGAAUCCUGCAAAUUUUGAGUUACUUAGAGAGCAACAGAAUUCCCCAAGGAAACCAUUGCCAACCUGAGGCAUUGAGCUGGGAUUUAGAGCACCAUGGAUUCAGGAAGAGCUACCAUAUACAUUCAGGGAAUGCCAUUGGAAAGUAUAGUGAUAAGCAGGCAUUUCAGGCAGGAAACACGGUGUCAAAUCCCAGCAGGGAUCUGUCAUAACUGGAUAAUACUCCUAUCUCAGUGGAAAGCUGUUUGAUAUUUGUAUAGGCACUAUUGAUGUUUCUAGAGAAACUGACCACCACCUGACCUCACUACCUUAUAUACCUGAGGAAUUUGCUUGAUCUAUCCCAUAAAAGUUCUUAGCUUAAUAAGGCUGAUAAUAUUUGACAGUAAUUGGCUGCUGUAGGUAAGGAAGAGAGGCCAUGGUCUGCAAGUAAAUUAAUACUGAAAGACCUUGGUGUCUUGAGAUGAGUCAUUGCCUCCCACCUAAUUAGCUGAAGCAAUGGUGGCAGCUGCAGCAUGAGGAGCAGGGUUGUAUGAGAAAGUUGCUGAAGAGAUUGAAUUCUGGCUAAGGGAAUUAAAAGUAUACACCGAAUUGUAGACUGAGGAUACAAAAGUGGCGCUACUGUUAGGGUAUUUAUCAUCCUGAAGCUGGUGGAGUUUUGGCAUGCAAAAAAACAAAGUCACUACAGAACCCCUAAUAUUUGGGAUAAAGUAUGGGGCAAUGCCACUGAGAAAUGGAGCAUGGCCUUUUCUCCAGAAGGGAGGGUUGCCAUCUAUUCCAUUGUAUGGGAAACUGAUGGAGUUUCUUGGUCUUAGUCUGAAGGAUAUAGUUGUUAUGACACUUCUGUUCCAUUGUUACUCUAUGUACCUUUUUCCUUGAAGAAUUCAGUGUUGUUACAUCUGAUGAAGAAGUUGAGAAAUUCUGUGAAGAAUUUUAUAAAACCCUCCAAAUUAAAUCAACAUAAACCUUGAUGUUUGGUGACUUCAGUGUCAAAAGGUAGAAAGUACAGAGUAGGGAACUUGAGGCCAUGAUGAUUUCAUUAGUAAUAAUCAAUUUCUAGUGUGGGAAAAGUUCUCUGCUCAAGCAGGUUCAGCAUCUUCCUUGCAACAUAGAUUAGAAAGUUGUUUUAACAUCAUCUAGCUGAAACCAAGUGUUUCUUAGCUUUGAAGACAACUUGAAGAAAUAUAUGUUAAACAGUAUGGAUCAAAAGUAAGGAAUAAGGCCAAAGCCUUGAUAAUUGCGUAGAUGCUUCAGUCUUUACAUUACCAAUAUUUUCUUUGAGAAAACAAAUGGGAAGUACAUAGUGAGUUGUUAGUGUGAAGAAAAGUGAAAUUAUUUAUAUUUCAAGAAGCAAAAAAUGACAUUAUUUGGCAGUGGGAAUGAUUCCUAAAUCAACCGUCUAUGUAUAAUUAGUCCAUUGACUUGUUAGAACAAAAAUCAAAUUUAGUACAAAAAUAGGGGAAUACUCGGUUUUGAGAAUUCAGAAAAAAUAAAAAUGAGAAAAAUGGCAUGCUUAAGUUAAAAUGGCAACUGUACCUAUUUUAAACAAGUUAUUGAUGCCCCAGAAUAGGGUAUAGAUAGAAGAAAGGAAUCAAGCUUGAUUGUAAUAGGUAUAUGCAGAAAUUUUACCGGUUAAUCAUUUAUCAUAAAGAAGAAACCAAAAUAGCCUAGAAUGAUCUGGCCAAAUAAAAGAGUGACAAGGACAAUACUAAUUUAAAAUAACAGUCCAUUUGUAGAAUCUUACAGAAAGAAUGGAUUUGUGGAAGAUGGAGGAGUAUCAUUUUAUAAAAAUGAUUUAAAGGAAGCUUGGUAAAAGAAAAAAGCAAAGAUAUCUGAAGGCAUUCAAGGUUGAAGGUAAAAGGAUAGCAAAAGUUCUGAAAAGAUUUUUCUAGCCAACUUUACUGUCAAGGAUAGUAGAGCUACCACAUUUGGAUUCAAUAUUAUAUUUCUGGAUGUCCUGAUGGAAGAAGUGGAAAUAGCACUGAAGAAAACCAAUGGAAAAGACAUUUUAUUGCACUGAGAAGAGUUCUGUUCUUUAAGGUAACUCAGUUUUAAGAACACUAAGUAAUCAAUUCUCAAGGUUUGUGAAAGGAGAGGAAACUAGGCAUAAAAACAUUUCAGGCCGUAUUAUCAAAAAGCAACUAAGGAUCUAAAAAAUAGCUAUUGGUCCAUAUGUCUGCUAUCUAUACAAAUUUUUAUCACUAUUGGCACAUUGAGGGAGUCCUUCAUGAGCUUGUUAAAACAGACGGGCAUUUCAAGCAAUAGGCCAUAUCAGACUAUUGACCCAAGGGCUGUUCCUCUUGUGCUUACUGAUUGUUGUCCAUAAAAAAACAUUUGAUUUUGUUGAGUAAAAUACUGCCAUGAAGGCUAUUCUCCAAAAAAUUUUCCAUAAUGUCAAAAUCAUAUGGUAUCUUGAAAAUGUGUUAACAGAACUUUGUUUAAUAACUCAAUUAUUGGUGGCAAGUGGAAUAUAAAGUGGAUGGAUAUGCAUGCAUGCCAAAGGUUAAGUAUAGUUCUCUAGAUGGUGAGGCCUACAAGUACUCCUGUUUGUGGGCAACAGACAUGUUUAUUACAUCAAGCCCUGGAAUAUUUCAGACUCCUAGACAAGAUCAAUAAAACCAAUCUUUUCCCUUGAACAAAGUUUCUGGUGGUAGUGUGUAGUUUUGAGUUAAGGAUUACUAUUAAGAAGAAAUUAAGCUAGUAAUCAUCCACAGACUUUGGAGGACUGUAUAUUGGGCAUUAUCGGCCUUAUAGCACAUUACAAAUGAGAAAUUCGUGAAGGGUAGUGUAAAAAAUGUCAGAAAAAUAUAUCAUUGUAAUAGUAAGUGUUGAGCAUAUAGAUUGAAAGAUAUUCUAAUCACUGCAUCCUUUGUAAGGAAAAUGUGAGGAAAGCUCCAAGAGUUGGAGGGCAGUUAAGCACUAGCAAAUUUGGGGUGACAAGACAAAGAGUUCGGGAUUUUUUCCUUUGGAUGGUGAGCUCACAUGUCUUGGAGCAUGUAUAGAUAGGGAUUUUUACAUUAAAAACCAAACCCAUCCAAUGACUGUCCCUGCUACAUGAGUAUGGUAGAGAUCUCUUGUUUACAAGGUACUAGGAUCCAGGUAGAAUAACUUGCUCAAGGUGACUUAGGGACAGAAACUAUUUGUGAUUAAAGUAUAACCUGGAAUCAAAAAUAGGGAACUAAAGAAGGCCCCAGAUAUAGCAAAGGAGAUUCUUGUUUCCUUGUCUCCACUGCCUAAAAGUUGAGGGGAAUUUGGUCACCUUGAUGUUCUAGCCUAUGGGGGAGAUAGAGAGCCCCUCCUGAGGGAUGUAAAUUUCUAGGAAGCGGGAGGAGUAGCAGAUUGAGAAAUAGAAGAUAUAAAAUGAGAAAAGUGAAGAAAACAAAAAUUUAACAUUUUAAGUGUUAUGUUUCUGCAUAUGCCAGACAGCAUUUUAAGAAUAAUGCAAAUUGCAUGAAUACAUUUUCUAACAAAAUGUCUGCAAUAGGUGCUCAUUUAAAAAUUUUUACCCCAAAAUGUAUGGAUCCAAAUUAUGUGUGGCCCUCUUCAAACACUUUUGCUUAUUAAUAUUUAAACUCAAAACCCAAACUAAAGAGGAUUUCCUUCUAUUUUAGUGGUUUCUGCUCUUGGAAAAGAAAUCUGCAGUUAAGUCUUGGUAGUUCUUCCCAGUGGUUUGUCUUUAGGGUAUAACGUCCCACCGAUUUUGGUAGGAAGCUGCUUCCCUUGGUCUUUGGACGGUGAUUUGAGGAAAUAAGGUAGUUAUUGCCAAACAGUGAUAAAAAUGACUAUACUAGAGUCCCCCAUGUGAAUGGAACCAACUAGACUGCUUAUCACUUUAAACUAUAUCUAGCCGAAGUUAUGGGAGAGCAUGGCAAGAGUUUGGUGGGUAGGUGGUUUUCCUCACUAUUGAACACUGUAGUGUGGAAUAUAUAAUUUAUAUUUUUAAAGGUUUUCAUGAUUGAUAGUAUCUAGGCUUAGGGCAACCUUAAGAAUACAAGUACAUGUGAGAAUAAAAACGACCAACCCAAUUAACAUUUUUAAAGCACCUGCUGUGUGUAGAACACUGGGGGGAGGGGAGAGGAGAGGAGAGGAGCGGAGUAGUAUGGAGUCCAGUAUCCAGACAGUUAUUCGGCAGGAUUUCCUUACUAGAUAAGUGGUAAAUACAUUAGACACAUGUUUAGUCCAAGACAGAAGUAGAGGAUUAUCGAGCUUUCUAUUAAAACCACGAUUCAUGUGCCUCCUGGGAAGGAACAUUCAAAGAUGGCAGCAGAUGAGACUUGCCUAAUGGUGCAGGCAAUAGCAGUUUCAGAUUGAAUCUGGUUUUUCUAAGAAAGGAUGGGCCAAUCCGACCUCCGCUCCCCAAUUCUACCUGUUUGAUGCCCUUUCUGCUAGAACCCCCUUUUCCCUCCCCAUCUAAGUUGACUUCUAACUGCGGAGAGCUUCCUAACCCUAUUCCUCCACGCAUUAACUAUUCCUUUAAAGCUAGGCGGCUCGUCCUUUAACAGGUAAAUUGAGUUGUAGUGAAUGACUGGUCCCUCAGACUCUCCGAGCCUCGCCAUUGGCCUGCGACCUGCAGGAGCUCACUGUGCCCCUGACCUCGUUUAGGGGUGCUGGAGGAGGGAACAAAGCGGCCUGGGAAACAGCCUCUGCCCUCGGGUGCUUAGGGUGGAUGAUUAAUAGUUGUUUUUAUAUUCAUUACAGUCCAAUCAGGAAUGUCCCUCCCCCUCCCAUUGGAACAAAGACGUCUCCUUUAAAGCCACCUACGUCCGUCCAGGCCGCACUAGUUAAGGACUAGCGCUCUACUUCGGCUUCCUAGAAAUGGGUUGUUUAAAUCUGCUUGGUGUUUCGCCCCGAGCGUGGGGCUCUAAAGUCGGAGCCUUAGGCGAAACAAAGCCCAGCGCCGUAGCUGCGCAGCUGCACCCCUUUGGUGGGCGCCAAGCGGUCCUACAGCCUGCAGGGGGCGCUGUCGGAGCUCCAGCCCGGCACUUGCAGGGCCGAACUGCCCAUUUCCAGGGAUCCGGGGCGGAGCUUACUGGGGACUACAGGGCGGCUUGGCCCCAGCUCCUCGGUGCAGCCGGUGUCGUGCGCUCCGCCUGUGGGCCGAUUCCGGCUCCACAUCCCGGCACUAGUGCCGCGUGCCCGGGGCGAGCUGCCAGGCCGUAGGCAGGCCCGCCUGCUUGAGGCGGCGGGAGACCAUGGCCGAGGCGGCGCCCGCUCCGGCCCUUGAGCAGGAUGUACAGUCUGGAUCCCUUCAAGCUUUGCUUACUUCCCCAGCACUACAAGUGUCUCCUGAGAAGGACUCAUGCAUGCACUCUCCAGAGAUCACCCCGUGGGCUGUGGUGGCUGCCAUUCAAGCUGUGGAAAAGAAGGUGGAUUUGUGCCUGGCCCGAUUAUUCACUUUAGAGGGCCGGACAAUGACUGCAGAGAAGAAGCUGGCAGACUGUGAGAGGGUAGCAGUAGAGAUUGAAAACCAGCUGGAGGGUAAAUGGACCUUGCUGGGCACCUUGCUCCAGGAGUAUGGGCUGCUUCAGAGGAGGCUGGAGAACAUGGAGAACCUGCUCAGAAACAGGAACUUUUGGAUCCUACGGCUUCCCCCGGGCAGCAAAGGCGAGGUCCCCAAGGUGCCCCUGACAUUUGAUGACGUGGCCGUGUAUUUUUCGGAGCAAGAAUGGGGGAAGCUGGAGGAGUGGCAGAAGGAGCUUUACAAGCACGUGAUGAGGGGCAACUAUGAGAUGCUGGUCUCCCUUGACUAUGCUGUUUCCAAGCCUGAUAUUCUCUCUCAGAUUGAACGAGGAGAAAAACCAUGCCUGAAGGACCAGUGGGGCUCCCAUGAUUUAGUGCUGUGUCCUGGAGAACUAAAUACUAAGUUACCUCCUUCAGAGUAUAGUUUCAAGCAACUUGGACCUUCCCAAGGAGAAACAGAGGAAGAACCAGUUCUUACAGAUCAUCGAGGCUCAGAAACUCAAGGAAACCUAACCAGACUAAGCCUUACUGAACCCCCUCCAGCCAGCGUCAAUAUUUUGUCUGCAAUUAAACAGGAGGAAGAACCACCAAAUGGGGAAGAAGCAUCAGCCUUCCCACAGAGGGAAAUCAAGCCCUGCCUGGGACUAGGUAAUGGACUUGUGAGCAUCAAAACAGAAAGUCAAGUGGCCGAAGCACUCCCACAGCAGCUGAACUCGGAACAGGGCUCCAGCGUGGCAGAGUGCAGAACUCCUGACAGUGGCAGAGAAGACAUGGCCGAGCCCCGAGAGCAUUCCUCCCCUGGUCUGCCAAGGAGUCAGGUAAGGGAGAAGCCCUUACCCCCUGCUGCUAGUGAGCCACCUCGUGUCCUCCCACGCCGGAGAGAGCGGGCCUUCCCCUGUCCAGACUGUGGCCAGAGCUUUAGGCUGAAGAUCAACCUGACCAUUCACCAGCGUAGCCAUGUGGAAGAUGAUGACUGGGCAUCCCAGGGCAGCUGGCCGGACACGUGGGGAGGGACUCCUGCCCCUCUGGAGCCAGGCGAGGUGGUGGUGCCCGGCCCCAUCAUCCAGUGGCUCCCCGAAGAGCCAGAGAGCCACCAGGCCCUGGCAGGGAGACCAUGCCAGGAGCAGCGCCCGUCAUCGGGCCGCCCGAACAGGCUGUACCACUGUAGUGAGUGCCUGCGCCUGUUUGAGCAGCGGAAAAGCCUUCUGCUGCACCAGCGCCUGCACACAGGCAACAGCCAGGGCUGCCCCACCUGCGCCUAUUGUGGCAAGGGCUUCCGGCGACCCUCAGAUCUGUUCCGGCAUCAGCGCAUCCACACUGGUGAACGGCCCUACCAGUGCUCUGAGUGUGGUCGGACUUUCAAUCGUAACCACCACCUGGCUGUUCACAUGCAAACCCACUCCAGGAAGCAUCAGGACAGCCCACACUUUGCCAAAAAAGGAAGCCUGGCCUUGGCUCGGCCCAGCCGUCCUGAGGAAGGUUGAGCCCAGAGGCUGGUGGGGUAAGCCCCCACAUUCCAGGAGGGCCUCCUGCAGCCUCUAGCGGCAAGAGCCUCCUAUCUGCGUGUUGUUGCUCGGCUUGGAGAACAGACAGCAAAGAUAAACUCCAGCCGCCUGGCGUUCUUCCCGUUCUUUGGUGGCACUCUUGCCCUAGGACCAUCUAGGAAAGUUUUUUACUUUGUACAAGAACACUGGGCAGAUGACACGAUUGGAGUUGAGUGUGGUCAGAUACCUAGAAUUUCUCUUCUCUAAGGCUGGCACCUGUCCCUCAGGGACACUGACCCAGAGGAUCGAAGAUGGGCUGGGGAGGGCAGGUCUGAUCACUGGAAACGUCUGGGACCUGUGUAUGUUAUUGGCUUCUGGCCCAAGCCCCGCUGUAAGCUGUGGCCCUUCCUUGCUCCCCUUCCAUGGACUUUUCCCACUGGAGUUCUGAUGGGGCCCAGGCUCCAUUUUGUAUACUCAGGCCUCUGGAGUGAUGUGCAUUUGGGUUUAUUGUUGCCCUGAGAAGAAUCACUGACAUGAUUUUUCCUGUUCUGCUAUUUUAUGUGUUUGUCUUGAAUUUCUUUUUCCAAUAGAAUUUUUUUUAUUGCUUGCA